AUGGGAAGGCAUGGAUUCUCAUUAGGAGGAGGCAAAGGCAUCAAAAGACGAACGCAACAUGAAGAAGCGGACGGUAAACCAAAAUUGACACCGGAAACGUCGGUGAUCUCCACGCCAGACCAUAUCAAGGCGGCAGUAGCGGGUGUGCCGCCGGAAAAUGUCUACUGGCUGCAUGAGACGCGGCUGUUUUACGCGAUGAGUCCGGACAGGCAAGCGUUACCAUCUAUUCAUCAUCCGGAAAAAAAGUUGACAAUGCUAUUGGCACUUAACGCGGAGGCUUAA